ACCAUCGCCGAGUUCGGAGUACGAGAGAGGCGAAGCGGGAGGAGACACCCGCCCCACCGAAUCGGUCUCUCUCUCUCUCUCUCUCUCUGCCUCCCGUGUAGAUCUCCAGCUUAGGAACAAUGGGGCUCACCUUCACGAAGUUGUUCAGCCGCCUCUUCGCUAAGAAGGAGAUGAGGAUCUUGAUGGUGGGUCUUGACGCUGCUGGUAAGACGACCAUCCUCUACAAGCUCAAGCUCGGAGAAAUCGUCACCACGAUUCCCACUAUCGGGUUCAAUGUGGAGACUGUGGAGUACAAAAACAUUAGCUUCACCGUUUGGGAUGUUGGUGGUCAGGACAAGAUCAGACCCCUUUGGAGGCAUUACUUCCAGAACACACAGGGCCUUAUUUUUGUUGUUGACAGCAACGACAGAGAUCGUGUUGUUGAGGCAAGGGAUGAACUCCACAGGAUGCUUAAUGAGGACGAAUUGCGGGAUGCUGUUUUACUUGUUUUUGCAAACAAACAAGAUCUUCCAAAUGCAAUGAAUGCUGCUGAGAUCACCGACAAGCUUGGUCUGCAUUCCCUGCGCCUACGACACUGGUACAUCCAGAGCACCUGCGC